AUGGAAAUAAAGAUAGUGCGCAUAGGGCCGCUGCCUGGAGGUCGCCAGGGCGCGUAUGGAGCUGGCGCUGGACGCGACAGCAUGCGGGCCGCCAGCCGAGCGCGGGGUGUUGCAAGACCACCUAGCAGCCCCCCGCAUCCAUCAUCCCCACCAGAAGGCUUGGUGUCGGCUGGGUCUUCUCGGACUCAGCAAGCGGCACCCGCCGCUGGUGGAGCACGUCGCAUGCGUUGGUCUAAAUCAAUGAAUGAAAACGCACUGCGGGCGUAUUUUAGGGCAAAAGGGGAAGAAACUGGAUGUUUGGCGUAUCGGGCUCGGAUGCAUCGCUUUUUUGCAGAGCUGGAGCCAUCUCUAUCCGUCACUGAGCAAAACCUGGCAGACCGAGUUAGGUACAUCCUGCGCUCCAACAUAUUUGGUGACGCCGAACUCGAGCGACUACGACGUGAGGCUAUUCCUUCAUCGAAUGGAAAUGCUACGGCUGGAAAUGCGGCGCCACUAGAUGCGCAACAAACUGCAUAUGUGGAUGCUGCCGUCAACAUUCCAUUUGUGGCUAAUUCAGACGAUGAUGGAAUAGUCUUCCACGAACUAGAGAAAAUGAGGAGCAUAUUGGAAGAGUCGAUGCUGGAAACGCGCAGCACGCCUCUCGAGAAUCGACCGCAACUUCCCCCGCAUACCCCUUAG